GACGUCGUUCCGCCAUCUUCCUUCCUCCUCCUCUUCCUCCCCCUCCUCCUCUUCCCUCAGAGCGCCCGGGGGUCCGUGAGGGGCCGCGAGGGGCUGAGGGGCGGCUGGGCCCGCCCGGAGCCUCCCCGCGCCUCUCACGGCGCUCGGGGCCGCGUCCUCCUCCCUCCCGAGCGCUCCCCCGAUCAUUUAACCCGCAGUAAUUUCGUCAGCCAGUAUUUUAAAUUAAAAAAAGGACAAAAUGAUGUCGAGACAAGCCUUCCUGUGCAGUUUGGGCUCCCUGUAUUUAUCCCUCCUGUUCAUCUUCCUCCUCAUGGAUGUUUAUGCCAGGCCUGCCAAUAAUUCGGUGCUCAAGGAGAAGGCAGCUGAUGGGAAGGAUGAGAACGAGAUCCUGCCCCCAGACCACCUGAACGGGGUCAAAAUGGAGAUGGACGGGCACCUGAACAAGGAAUUCCACCAGGAGGUUUUCCUGGGAAAAGAGAUGGAGGAGUUUGAGGAGGAUUCAGAGCCCAGAAGAAACAGGAAGAAGCUGAUGGUCAUUUUUUCAAAGGUGGAUAUCAAUGAUGAUAAAAAGAUUGGAGCCAAGGAGAUGCAGCGCUGGAUCAUGGAGAAGACGGAUGAACAUUUCCAGGAGGCCGUGGAGGAGAACAAAAUGCACUUCCGAGCUGUGGACCCCGAUGGGGACGGCCACGUGUCCUGGGAUGAAUAUAAAGUUAAAUUCCUGGCAAGUAAAGGCUUCAAUGAAAAAGAAAUUGCUGAGAAGAUCAAAAACAACGAAGAGCUGAAAAUAGAUGAAGAAACCCAGGAGGUUUUGGACAACCUGAAGGAUCGGUGGUACCAGGCUGACAACCCCCCUCCUGACCUGCUGCUGAACGAGGAGGAGUUCCUGUCCUUCCUGCACCCCGAGCACAGCAGGGGGAUGCUGAAGUUCAUGGUGAAAGAAAUCAUCCGGGAUCUGGAUCAGGAUGGAGAUAAGAAGCUCACCCUCUCCGAGUUCAUCUCCUUGCCUGUUGGCACCGUGGAGAACCAGCAGGCUCAGGACAUUGAUGAUGACUGGGUGAAGGACAGGAGGAAGGAGUUUGAGGAGGUCAUUGAUGCCAACCACGAUGGCAUUGUCACCAUGGAAGAGCUGGAGGAAUACAUGGAUCCCAUGAACGAGUACAACGCCCUCAACGAGGCCAAGCAGAUGAUUGCAGUGGCAGAUGAGAAUCAAAACCACCACCUGGAGCUGGAGGAGAUCCUGAAAUACAGCGAAUAUUUCACCGGCAGCAAACUCAUGGACUACGCCCGCAAUGUCCACGAGGAGUUCUGACCCUGCUCGCUCCUCCAGAGCCCUCAAGCACUUUCUGGCUUUCAAAACAAAAAAAGAGAGAGAGAGGGGGAAAAAAAGGAAUAAAUCCAAGCCCCCAAACCAGACAGAAAGUUCCUUUGCUGCUAAUCUGUGUCCUUUGCCUCUGGUGUGUUGUCCCAGACUUCCAACCUUCCGUCCGUCCACGGGAUCUUGCUGCCUUUGGGGUGAGGGGAAAGCAGGCCAGGAGGAGUGGGAAAGGUCCUGGAAUACCUCAGUUCCCCCUGGAUUGGGCAGGAAUUCCAGCUGAAGUUGGGCAGAUCGUGUUUGGGGGAGGCUUCUGAAAUGUUUCACUCGUGGCCCUCGUAGCUGCUGAUCCCUGGGAAUCCCAGCUAACAGGGAGAUGGGGGGUUUUUGGGAAGGGAGUGGCAGUUCCAAGGCAUGUUCUGACCUCCUGGGAGGUGAUAUUCCACUGAUCUCCCAGUGUUUUCUCAGCCUAGUUGGGAAUUUAAUCCAAGUUUUCCCCCCAUCACUCAAUUCUCCUUCAGGACCGUGGGGAGGAAUUCAUUUGAAAGCUUCCACAGAAGCUUUUUUGCAUCUACCUAAAAAUAAACCUGGUUGUAGCAUGCCAGGCUUUGUGCUGGGGGGAGAUGGGGGAGAAUUCAAAUUAUGGCUGAAAAAAAAAAUCAGAUUUUUGCUCUAAAAUGAAACCAAGGGGGGAAAGUUUCUAUCUUGGUCAGAGAACUCCCUGCUCAGACUGGGAAAAUCAGUUGUCUCUGUGCAAAUUGGAGCUGAAUUGGAGGUGCUGAAGGAAUUCCAGGAUUUGUUGUGGAACUGUGAAUACUUGGGAAGCCCUUGGAUCAGCCUGGCUCUGGGUAAAUCUCAGAGAGCAUCUUGGCUCACAUCCACUCCUGCAAAAAUAGAACAGUUAUUUUUACUCUGGUUCCAUCUUUACUGUAAAAAAAAAGAAAACCCCUCUUUCUGAAGGGUUCCUGCAAGUGAGAUGUUAUAUUUGAUUAAAUUUAUUCUCUUAAUAUAAUGUAAAUAUAAGUGUUGCCGGUUCUGUUUCACUCUUCCUUCUCUUUAUUCUUUAUUUUUUUUUGUUUAUUAAAUGGCUUGUAUAAGAGUCUUUUUAUAUCCA